UUUCUUUAAAACGGACAAUGUUUGAAAAACUGGACCGCAGUAACGAAACCUGUAUCACUGAAUUUAUUCUUUCUGGACUCACUACUCACACAAAACUUCAGAUUCCUUUAUUUCUGCUGUAUUUAAUGGUGUAUGUUAUAACAUUCCUGGGUAAUACCAUUAUUAUUACCUUGAUUAGAAUGACUCCUGGUCUACAAACGCCAAUGUACUUUUUUCUAGUUAACCUAUCAUUUGUAGAUAUUCUAUAUUCCUCCACUAUUACACCCAAUAGUCUGGCUAAUAUUAUCUAUGUGGGUAAAACCAUCUCCAUCACUGGUUGUGCUACACAAAUGUUUUUCUUCAUUGAGCUGGCUAGUUCGGAAGCCAUGUUACUUGCGGUUAUGGCUUAUGACAGAUACGUAGCCAUACGCCAACCACUGAAUUAUUCUCUCAUUAUGAACAAUAAAAAAUGCCUAAAAUUCGUUUGCACUGUGUACACUGCAGGAUUUAUUAACUCGCUAAUACAUACAUAUUGUGCCUUCAGAGUACCACUUUUUUGUUCAAGACAGGUAAACCACUUCUAUUGUGAUCUCAUUCCCAUCUUAAAAUUAUCAUGCCAAGACACAUUUCUAAAUGAACUCUUCUUGUUUAUCGUGGCUGGUUCCAUUGAAGUUGGCUCAUUAUUAUGUAUAGUUAUAUCUUAUACAUGCAUUCUAUUUACCUUAUUUAAAACCCAUUCUGUAAAAUGUGGGUAUAAGUGUCUCUCCACCUGUGCUUCUCACUUUACUUGUGUUGCUUUGUUCUAUUGUCCUGUUCUAUUCACAUACCUGAGACCGACUUCUUCAUACUCUAUGAACGAGGACUGGGUAGUAUCUAUAUUUUAUACAGUAAUUAUACCAAUGCUGAACCCUAUCAUCUAUAGCCUGCGGAAUAAAGAUGUAAAAGAGGCACUGAAAAAAGUCAGAAUACAAUAA